AUGCAACCUUUUAAUAAAUAUUAUCCGCCUGAUUGGACUCCGGAGAAGGGCUCCGUUAAUAAAUUUGUUGGAAAACAUCCACUAGGUGAUCGUGCGCGUAAAAUUGAUCAAGGAAUUUUAAUUGUCAGAUUCGAAUUACCUUUCAACAUCUGGUGUGAAGGGUGUGGAAAUCAUGUUGGCAAAGGUAGUGUUCGAUAUAAUGCUGAGAAAAAGAAGAUAGGAAAAUAUUUUAGCACUCCAAUAUUCAGUUUUAGGAUGAAAUGCCAUUUAUGUGAUAAUUGGAUUGAAAUACACACAGAUCCUAAGAAUGCUGAAUAUUUGGUUGUCUCUGGAGCCCGUAAAAAAGUCGAAACUUGGGAACCGGAAGAUUCUGAAGUCAUUAAAUUAAAAGAUGAUGAUGAAGCUAAGAAAAUGGUUGAUAAUGCAUUAUAUAAGCUUGAAUAUUCUGUUAAAGAUGAACUUAGAUCUAGAGAAACUCUUCCUAUUUUAACGCAGCUUCAAAGGUUAAAUGAUAAACAAUGGGCAGAUCCAUAUACACAUUCACAGCGAAUGCGCAAAAAAUUUCGAGUAUGA